AGUGUCGCACUACGAGGUGCGCUUCUCGGAGAGCCGAGCGCAGCUGCGGGACCACUUCACCGACUGCACCAGCGUGCCCCACUGGAGCCAGCCCGAGCCAGCCGGCACGCCCAGCCGCGCCGUCAUCGACUUUCACACCGUCGACAAGCUGCUCUUCUUCGCCAUCCGCGGCGUGGACGCCGCCGGCAACGUGGCGCCCAUCUCCAACGCUGUCGCGCUGGUGCUGCCGGCGCCGCCGCCGCCGCCGUCGCCGCCGCCGCCGACCGGCACCACGUCGCCCGUUCAGCCGACGCCGCCGCCGUUCGACAGCCGCCUGCUGUUGAUCGGGCUGCUGUGCGUAGCCGGGCUGAUUGUGCUGCUCGUCCUGCUGGCCAUGUACUACUUCCUGGUGUACCGGCGCAAGAAGCCGGCGCCGGACAGUCGGAUGCGGGGCUACGUGAACACGGUGGCGCUGGCGAGCGAGCUGAGCAGGGAGCCGACGCCGGUCAAGGUGGCGUACGGCAGCGAGCGGAACGGCUUCACACCGGUGGAGGCACACAACCCCGGCCUCACUCGCUGGGGGGUGACGGACACGCCGCCCGCUCUGGGCUUCGAGCCGCACCGCAGCGGUACGCCGCCGCACCAGCCGCCCGGCCGCUGGGGCGCGAGCGACACCCCGCCUACGCCGGGGCUCGGGGCGCACCACCACAGCGGCCUGUCGGCGCCGGGCGUCCGGCGGGCGCGCUACAACAGCUACCAGACGCCCUACGACGAGGACAUGGUGCCGGACGGCCGCUCGCUGGACAGCACGCCGCCGGUCGGCUCGCAGGCGUCACUCGCCUCUGACGGCCGUCCGGUGCUGAUCCCGUGCCUUCCUCCUCCUGCCGGUCCGGUGCUGAUCCCUGCCUCCUUCCUGUGA